AUGGACUUAUUCGCGACUGUAUCACGUUUACCGUUUUCUGUUCUUGGAUCACAUCGAAGUGAUACAUGUACAGUCGAUCGUUUAAACUAUAAAUAUACAGUAAUCAUCCUCGUCAUUUUUUCGAUUAUCGUUUCCAAUAAACAAUUCUCAUCCGAUCACAUUGCAUGUUGGGUACCGGGUCAUUUCACUCGCUCGUAUGAAGUCUAUUCCAAUAAUAUUUGUUGGGUAUCAAACACAUACUAUGUCGCCACCGCGGAAACGUUACCUUUAGACGAAAAUAAGAAGAAAACCCGUGUUGUCAAGUAUUACCAGUGGACUCCAUUCAUUUUACUUUUUCAAGCUGUUCUUUUCUAUAUGCCACGCAUGUUGUGGCGUUCCCUAUCAGCCAAAUCAGGUAUAAAUAUAGUUAAUCUAGUCGAUGCUGCAUUAAAUUAUCAAACGGCCGAUCGGUUCGAAGACCGAAAUAAGAUCAUGACUUAUUUGACUCGUUCAAUCGAUCAGUAUGUUUACAUGCGAAAGCGGAAACGUAAACGAUUUGAUUUCAUUCGACGUUUUCUCGCAUUCAUGCUCUGCGUACCUGGCCGUCGAAUGGGUUCUUAUUUGUUAAUACUUUUCUUUGUCACCAAGCUCCUCUUCAUUGUCAAUUCUGUUGGACAACUAUUUUUGUUAAAUAUCUUCUUGGGUCACAAUUUUGCAUCCUACGGCGUUGAUUUAAUUCGAAAAAUUCUCAACGGAGAAGAACUGGCUGAAUCCAUCUAUUUUCCGCGUGUGACGAUGUGUGAAUUUGCUGUUCGAAACAUCCAAAAUGUUCAUGUUCAUACCGUACAGUGUGUCUUGCCAAUCAAUCUAUUCAACGAAAAAGCUUUCUUAUUCAUAUGGUUUUGGCUAGCUUUCUUAACUGUGUGCAAUACCUACGAUCUACUAGCGUGGUUUGUUCGUUCAUUUGGUCGUGUCCGGUAUACUUACAUCAAAAAACGUCUUGAACUAAUGCAAAGCGACACUCAUCUUCGACGAAUGCCAGCAAAAGAAUUUAUUCAUCGCUAUUUGCAACAUGAUGGUGUUCUUAUUCUAAGACUUCUUUCGUAUAACUCAAGUGAUUUAGUAGUUACGGAAUUGAUUCAACAGUUGUGGCAAUUUUAUAAACGUGUAGGUAGUGGAGGCGGUGGAGCUGGUUCGACGGCUGGUUCAGCUGUAUCAUCGGCAGUGAAUCCAGCAUCGUCACGAUCAGGUCCAGCUGGCGGCAGACAGGUCAGUGUGCGCCUGUUUGACUCCAAUGCUAGUCGAGAUGAUAUUGAUACAUGUACAGUCGAUCGUUUAAACUAUAAAUAUACAGUAAUCAUCCUCGUCAUUUUUUCGAUUAUCGUUUCCAAUAAACAAUUCUCAUCCGAUCACAUUGCAUGUUGGGUACCGGGUCAUUUCACUCGUUCGUAUGAAGUCUAUUCCAAUAAUAUUUGUUGGGUAUCAAACACAUACUAUGUCGCCACCGCGGAAACAUUACCUUUAGACGAAAAUAAGAAGAAAACCCGUGUUGUCAAGUAUUACCAGUGGACUCCAUUCAUUUUACUUUUUCAAGCUGUUCUUUUCUAUAUGCCGCGCAUGUUGUGGCGUUCCCUAUCAGCGAAAUCAGGUAUAAAUAUAGUUAAUCUAGUCGAUGCUGCAUUAAAUUAUCAAACGGCCGAUCGGUUCGAAGAUCGAAAUAAGAUCAUGACUUAUUUGACUCGUUCAAUCGAUCAGUAUGUUUACAUGCGAAAGCGGAAACGUAAACGAUUUGAUUUUAUUCGUCGUUUUCUCGCGUUCAUGCUUUGCGUACCUGGCCGUCGAAUGGGUUCUUACUUGUUAAUACUUUUCUUUGUCACCAAGCUCCUUUUCAUUGCCAAUUCUCUUGGACAACUAUUUUUGUUAAAUAUCUUCUUGGGCCACAAUUUUGCAUCCUACGGUGUUGAUUUAAUUCGAAAAAUCCUCAAUGGAGAAGAACUGGCUGAAUCCAUCUAUUUUCCGCGCGUGACGAUGUGUGAGUUUGCUGUCCGAAACAUCCAAAAUGUUCAUGUUCAUACCGUACAGUGUGUCUUGCCAAUCAAUCUAUUCAACGAAAAAGCUUUCCUAUUCAUAUGGUUUUGGCUUGCUUUCUUAACUGUGUGCAAUACCUACGAUCUACUAGCAUGGUUUGUUCGUUCAUUUGGCCGUGUUCGGUACACUUACAUCAAAAAGCGUCUUGAACUAAUGCAAAGCGACACUCAUCUUCGACGAAUGCCGGCGAAAGAAUUUAUUCAUCGUUAUUUGCAACAUGAUGGCGUUCUUAUUCUAAGACUUCUUUCGUAUAACUCAAGUGAUUUAGUAGUUACGGAAUUGAUUCAACAGUUGUGGCAGUUUUAUAAACGUGUAGGUAGUGGAGGCGGCGGAGCUGGUUCGACGGCUGGUUCGGCUGUAUCAUCAGCAGUGAAUCCAGCAUCGUCGCGAUCAGGCCCAGCUGGCGGCAGACAGUUCGGUGAUUUGUGGACGAUCAAUACAUGUCAAAUAUUUCAUCUUCUCAAGAUCAAAGUCAAACGUUCGUCUCAUCUUUGCAUCAGUCAAUUCGUGGCAUUUCAAGGUGUAACGAUACAAUAG